AUGUCUGUUCAAAGGGGAGUUUGUGUUGAAAUAUGCUAUUCUGGGGCAAUUCGAGAUCCCUCACAACGUGUCAAUAUUCUGGCCAGUUCUCUGAGUCUUGUUUUGGCUGUGUCUGGAAAGGGAAUUGUCUUUGGUUCGUGUGCAGAGAAAUGCUUUGAUGUCAGAUCUCCUUUGGAUGUGCGGAAUAUGGCUCAAAUCUUCCGGAUUUCAAAGUCUAAAAGUAAAAUAUGCAUUUCCGAAAAUCCCAAACAAGUUCUUAAACACGCAUUUUCAAGGAAAACUGUUCUUGGUGUUGUGAUUGGUGUUCAUUCUGAUCAACUUGAUGUGUGGAAGAGAACUAAAUCUUAUCAAUAUUCGUUGAUUGAACAGGAUAGUCCAUCAGACGAGCAUAUCAGUCAGAGCAAAAGACUAAAAAUUGAAUAA